UCUAGCGAGUUUUACGAGUUACUGUUCCUUGCGGUAAAAAUUUUAGCCAAUCAGAUUGCGCGUAACAUAUAACGCACUGUUUACAAAAAUGGAUUUGACAGAGGAAAAGAGAAAGGAGAUCGAAUCAACAUUUAACGUGUCGUCUCUUAGAGAAAAUCAAGUCAGUGGAAUAAAAGCAAUAUGUAACGGAAAAGAUGUUUUUGUAGGAUUAAAAACAGGUAGUGGAAAGUCGAUUUUCUACGAGAGUUUACCCAUUGUUUAUCCAUCUGCCAUCAUUAUUGUUAUCACAGCCCUCGUCUCGAUAAUGAAGGAGCAAACCCAGAGACUAUGCAAAUUAGGUUUCAAGGCAACAUAUAUUGGACGUGAUCCCACAGACUACGCAAUUAACGAGGGAAUAUUCAAGUUCAUAUUUGCCAGUCCUGAGGCGCUAGUUGGUGACAGGAAAUGGAGAGAUGUAGUAGCAAACUUAAGGGACAGAAUAAAGGUUAUCGUAGUAGACGAGGUACACACCGUCGUACAGUGGGGUGAGGGAAACAAACACCAUGAGGCCUUCAGGGAACACUUUAGCCACAUAGGAGAACUUCCCGCCAUUUGCCCUAAUGUUCCGAUAGCAGCUUUAACUGCAACUUCCGGUCCAUUACAGAGCCGUAAAAUUAUGAAGAGUUUGUGCCAUAGGACAUCGGAAACUGUGGUUAUAUCAGAGUCGCCAGACAGGAAAAAUAUCAAGAUGUCCUCGAUAUGUAUACCAAACAACAGUGACAUUGAAGAGGUCCUCAGUUGGUUAAUAGAUGAGUUUGAAGCCAAAAAAGAUGCACUUCCAAGACAUAUAAUUUUCGCUGAAUCUAUAACUGACGUCUCUGAAAUAUAUUCAAUAUUUCGGAAGCGAAUUGGUAUUGAUAAAAGUGAAACCUACGAGAUGUUCAACAGCAAAACUGUGGAAGGCAGGAAAUAACAAAUUAGAUCUGAUAUGACCAAAGAAGGCAAAAUUCGAAUCUUAAUUUGUUCGAACUCAGCUGGGAGGGGUGUAAAUUUCUUUGGGGUUCAUAAUGUUUUUCACUAUGGCCUUCAAAGAGAGAUGGAUACUCUGGUUCAGCAGAUGGGUAGAGCAGGAAGGGACAGUGAACCAUCACAUGAACUGAUUAUAUAUAAGUGCCAUAAGGGACAAUUAAAACAAGUAGAAGAGGAACUUGUGCAAUUAGCAAAAGACUCGCAGUGUAGACGUGACAUUUUAUGCGCUUCAUAUGGAAGCAAAAUUGAGUUGAUCCAAUGCACAUGUGCUGUGAUAUUUGUGAAAAACUUUGCAAAUGUGAACUAAAUGAUUGUCCCAACACUCAUCCUGCACUUCUGUUUGAAUUGCAAGAAGAUCCACCUGAUCAAAUGAGCCGAGAUGUUAAUUCAUCAGACAUGGUACUUUUAAGACAGAAAUUGGAUGCAUUAAAAUUCAAACUGUCCAACUUUUCA